AUGGACGCGAGCAAUGACCAAUCGGUUGCUUCAACUGCUGCCACAAACCAGCAUCGGUCGCAUGUGUCCAUUGAUGACCUUCCCCCGGAUGUGCUCCUCGUUAUCUUUCGCGAAGUGCUCCUCACUCACCUGGACCCUUGGCCGUCGUACCACAACUUAAUGUCACCUCAUCCGUUCCCGGAGUCGAUCGCUUCUGUGUGUCGCCAUUGGCGAGGGGUCAUGUCGACCGUGGCCUUCUUCUGGACGCGCCUGGUGAUCUGGGUCGGCAGGGACCCCACUCCCCUCUCAACCGUAUGCGACUACAUCGCUUGGUCGCAGAACAGCCCUCUGGAUAUUCAUGUCCUAUGCACGCCCGAGGAAUCUAUCGAGCACCACACUACGGAGAAGGCGCAGGUACAAGCCGUCAUGGAGACGCUCACUCCCCACAUGAAGCGUUGGAGAGUCCUCCACAUGCAGCUGUUCUUCGCAAGCUCGCUCCCGCGCCCUCGCAUCGACCUCGUUGGCCGAGCCAGCAAACUCGUCGAACUCGAACUCCUAUCCACUGUCGAUGACUGCGUAGCGAGCGCUGAGGAGGCUCCCCCUAUCGUUGGCGAGUUCCAAACGCCCGCGCUGGACGUUCUUGAGCUGAGCGGCUUGCAGUUUCGCGAAUCGUACGUGAAGCCGUUCCCGCAGCUGCCAAUGCCACCCAUACUGUCCUACGUCAUCGUCUCAGAUUACGGCUCACAAUAUACCCCGUUUCCACUGGUGGACCUCCUCAGAUGCCUCGUCAGCUGCAAGGGACUGCAACACGUCGAGUUCGCGAAUCUUCAUCUUGAUUGCUCCUACAACGGACCUCCUCUCGUGCAACACGGGAUCACCUGGGACGCCGAAGUCGUCGACUUUCUCGACAUGCGCGGCGACGUCAUCGCGCAUUACAACCGCCUUCUCGGCUACCCCUACGUCGAGGCGGUCUCGUACACGCGCUGCUCGAUGGAGGUCCCCUGUAUGCUCGGCAACUCGUACUACACCAGACUGACGGAAAUCGCAACCUCGAGGGCGCUUUUCAGCUUCCUCGCAGCCGGGCGUGGCCCGUUCUCGUGCCGCGACGUGACACUGACGAACUGCGACGGCCUGCGCCCGGAAGUGCUGCACAUGCUCGGACUGACUACGGAUGGCGUCUGGCUCUGCCCGUACAUCAAGUCGCUGACCAUCGUCGGGUGCAAGCAGUUCCACAGCCCGGCAUUGCGAUUCCUCCUCGAGGGGCGGCGUAGGGUACACGAGGCGACGGGCUUUCCGGAGGAUAUCGACCCGCAGUACGUGGUUGGAUCGAUCGAGGACCUCGACGUGAAAGACUGCUGCGAGCUCACCCCGGAGGACAAAGCCUGGCUUGAUGCGAAUGUUUCGAACGUCCGCUGGGAUGAUUGGUCGGGAGGUUAUAGCUCAAGGAGGUCACGGUGA